GGGUGCACACAGCCCUGGUGUCGGCCGAGGGAUGGGACGGGGACAAGGGACAAGCCAGCUGUAUGUGGUGUUGGGACCAGCUGUCUUUCUUUGCCAGCUCCAGGUGGUUCAUGGAGUUAUGAUUCUCCCUGUGCUGAUGGUGAUGGCGUUCCCCUCUCCGAGCUGGCAAGACGAUGAAAGGAAGCUGAAGAUGGUCCCCUAUGAAUGUGUGUGUGAGGGCAUCUCCUGUGGCAAUGGGGAUCGCUGCCAAGGCCAGCGCUGCUUUGCCUCCCUGAGCAUUAAUGAUGGGGCUAAGGUUUACCAGAAGGGCUGCUUCCAGGUCUAUGAGCAAAGGAAAAUGACCUGCAAAACUCCUCCAUCCCCCAACCAGGCUGUGGAGUGCUGCCAGGGACACCUGUGCAACAUGAACAUCACUGCACAGCUGCCCUCCUCCAAAGGGCAAACCUUUCAGGGAGAGGCUGCAGGGUACAGCAUGGAAACGCUGAUCAUCGUUAUCCUGGCUCCUGUGGUAGUGCUGGUGGUUUUUUCUGCAGUAGCUGUGCUGAUCAUACGCAGGAUACAGAAGAACCACAUGGAGAGGCUCAAUUCCAGGGAUGCAGAGUAUGGCACCAUCGAGGGGCUCAUAGCCUCCAACGUGGGGGACAGCACCUUGGCAGAUUUGCUGGACCAUUCCUGCACAUCUGGAAGUGGCUCUGGGCUUCCUUUCUUGGUGCAGAGGACGGUGGCUCGCCAGAUCACACUUGUGGAGUGUGUAGGAAAGGGCCGCUAUGGAGAGGUCUGGAGGGGUCAGUGGCAAGGAGAAAAUGUUGCUGUGAAGAUCUUCUCUUCUAGGGAUGAAAAGUCCUGGUUCAGGGAAACUGAGCUGUACAACACUGUGCUGCUGAGGCAUGAGAACAUUUUAGGGUUCAUCGCCUCCGACAUGACCUCGCGGAACUCGAGCACGCAGCUGUGGCUGAUCACGCACUACCACGAGAUGGGCUCUCUGUACGACUACCUGCAGCUGAGCACGCUGGACACGGUCAGCUGCCUGCGCAUGGUGCUGUCCAUCGCCAGCGGGCUGGCGCACCUGCACAUCGAGAUCUUCGGCACGCAGGGCAAGCCCGCCAUCUCGCACCGCGACCUCAAGAGCAAGAACAUCCUCGUCAAGAAGAACGGGCAGUGCUGCAUCGCCGACCUGGGGCUGGCAGUGAUGCACUCGCAGAGCACCAACCAGCUGGACGUGGGGAACAACCCCCGGGUGGGCACCAAGCGCUACAUGGCGCCCGAGGUGCUGGACGAGAGCAUCCAGGCCGACUGCUUCGACUCCUACAAGCGCGUGGACAUCUGGGCCUUCGGCCUGGUGCUCUGGGAGGUGGCCAGGCGCAUGGUCAGCAACGGUAUCGUGGAAGAUUACAAACCACCCUUCUAUGACUUGGUUCCCAACGACCCCAGCUUUGAAGACAUGAGGAAGGUGGUGUGUGUGGAUCAGCAGAGGCCCAACAUUCCCAACAGAUGGUUCUCAGACCCGACCCUGACCUCCCUUGCCAAGCUGAUGAAGGAGUGCUGGUACCAGAACCCCUCGGCCAGACUCACAGCCCUGCGCAUCAAAAAGACUUUGACCAAAAUUGACAGUUCCCUAGACAAGCUGAAGGCUGACUGCUGACCCCUCUGGUGCUGUGUGCCAGGAAGGCCCUUGGCUGCCCAGGGGGCUCUGGCCGGGCAUCCCUGCCUGGUGCCAAGGCUGCAGGGCAGGAGUGGCAGCAGCGGGCCCUGGGCCGG